ACUCCGCCCACCCGCCGGGCUGUAGCGGGGUGCAUCUUGAACCACCCCUUGAUGCACCUGUAGCGGCGGGCGGGGUCUGUUCUGUUCUCUAACGCUCCGUUAGCAGUUAGCUAGUUGCUACAUAUCAGUUAUGGGUAGCUUCAUGGAUAACGCCUUCCCAGCUGGGGAUGAAAGCGACGCCAGCAAUGACGAGUGGGAUAUCGGCUGUUGUUUGGAUAAAAAGUCUCCUCACAACAACAAGGAUCAGGAUGCUGUUGUACCACAUACACAAGACGAUGUGUCGCUGUUGAAAAGAGCUAUCAGUAAAGGAGACACUGGGACUGUUCAACAGCUGUUGGACAAUGGCAUGGACGUGGAGACCAGGCUUGGCUUUGAAUGGACUCCUCUAAUGUGUGCCGUCAGUGUGGCUAAUUACGACCUGGCUAAACUGCUGCUGGACAGAGGGGCCAGUGCCAACUUCAGCAAAGAUCAUUGGACGGUGCUCAUGGCCAGCUGCACAGCAUCUGCCAGUGAAGACAAAAUUGCUCGCUGUGUGGAGAUCCUGCUAUCCAGAAAUGCUGAUCCCAACAUGGUGGACAGGUCUCAAAUGACCUGCCUGAUGCUGACAGCCAGGGACGGCUACAGUAAGGUCAUCAACCUGCUGGUCUCACAUGGAGCGGACAUCAAUGUCAAGGAUGGAAAUGGAUACACGGCUUUGUCUGUAGCGGUGCAGUAUGGCAAAGAGGAGGCGGUGCUGAAGCUCCUCCAGCUGGGAGCGGACAAAACAUUAAAGAACAAGGUUGGGAAGACCCCUGCCGACCUGGCUGUGAUCUUCAAACACCCACAGAUAGGUAGGAUUCUGGCCUCUUCGUCCCACACCUCAACUGUCCAGGCCUUCAGCUCCAUGGAGGAGACCCUCUCAAAGUUCUUCAAGACCAACUCUGAGCUACCACCUUCCAAGGAAAGUGUAACCAAGCUUGAUGACCUUGAGCUUCUCCUACACGGCCUCGAUCUUGGCUACCUCACUGACAUCAUGACUGAGAAUGACAUCACCUGGAGCUACCUGUUGACCAUGGAGAAGGAGGACCUGGAGAAGGUUGGUAUUACAGACCCGGGGGUCCAGAAGAAGGUGCUGAGUGCCGUGCAGCAGAUGCACCUGGACAAAGUGGACUUGGACACACUCAGCCUUCCGGGACCUGCAGACAGUGGGAGUGAGGAUCUGCAUAACUUCCUGUUAAGUGUGAGGCAGCAGUGCUGUUACCUGACGGAGACGAUUCAGGACGUCAUCGGCCGUUUUCCCCGCCAAGCCUCUCAGCUGGUCUUCUCACUGGACCCGAAGAGGGAGGCCCAGGCCGUCUGCAACCAGCUGGUGGUCCAGACCAAAGACCUGCAGAAGGAAGUCACCUGCCUUCGCAAUCUGCUAUGCCAGAUGGACGAGGCCGGAGAUUGCUGUCAGCUUCCUCAACCUGGUUCCCACGGUAACCGGAGGAUGCGGUUCCUGACCAGAGUUGCACUGAGUUGCACGCUCGGAGCCACCUUCCUCUUGCUCCUCUACAAAGCUGCCAGUGGGAAGGUUUCCCUGCAGAUGAACAGGGAUGUGUGUUAAACAACAGUUGUGUUAAUCAGUUAGUUAAUGAGCUCAUCAGAAUAUUUUGUUUUUUUGAUGACGGUAGGUGAUAAAUUGGAUUAUAGAAGGAUUGAUAUGUUUUAGGACAGUGUUUGACAAGACUUUUUUUUAUUUUUGCUGCUAGAACACUUUUUGUUUUACACUUUGUUCUGUCUUGUCGUUGAGUUUAGUUCUGAAUUCUUUUAUGUUUUAAGCGUUUCAGUGAAAAUUAAAGUUUCUUAUGAGGAACAAUUUCUUGCAUAAAUUAAGAUCAAAAUCAGGAUGUUGUUUUUGUUUUCAGUGCCUGAAAAAAAGAAAAAAGAACUAAAAUGUAAACUCUGAUCCUGAUCUAAUUAUGAAGCAUUUUAAAAAUACAUUUGUUAUUAAUGUAGCAGCAAA